AUGAAGUCUUUCACCCUCCUCGCAGCUGUCCUGGCCGCCGUGGCCUCAGCCAGCCCUAUCGGCAAGCGUGCCGUCUUUGCGGACACCACCUUCAACGAUAUCUCCAUUUCGGGAGGCACUGCCGGUAACGCAGAGGCCGAGGCCCAGCAGGCCCUGGCUGGCCUCCCUACGGACCUGACCCAGGUCGAGAAGGCGGACCUGGACUUCCUGAACUCCGUCAACCAGGUUGCCAAUGAUGCUGAGAAGGAGGCUUUCAACACUGCCAUUGAUGCGGCAACCGGAACCGAAGCCGAUUCCCUUCAGAUCGGCAAGAUCAAGAACAAGGUCCUCAAGUUGACCGCGACUGUGAUGAAGCUGCAAGCACAGCAGGCUCAGGGAGAGGACGUCGCCGACAAGCUGGCCGAGGAGCAGACCAAGCUCGCGAACAACAUCAAGCAGGAUGUGGCCGAGGCCGGCAACGCAUCGACCAACGUUCAGUUCGACGGCGCCAUCUCGGCCGGCAACUAA